CGCACGCUUGCGGUCGUGAGGCGACUGGAGAAUUUUGGCGGGAAAGGCACUGCGUUCGGAUUCCUCCGGAGGCGGCGGCGGCUCGAGUCGUCCGAGAGGUUUAAGUGUCUUGCCCAAAGUCAGACAGUCAGAAUGUGUCAGAGGCAGGACUUGAACCCAGGUCUUUCUGUCCCUGGAGGCUGGCACUGUAUCAGCAUUCCUUGAUGAAUAAAUACGAGUCAUAGGAUGGAUAUAUUUAAUGGGGAGGGGUCUUACUGGUAGAGCCAUGGCUGUGCCUUUUGUGGAAGACUGGGAUUUGGUGCAAACUUUGGGAGAAGGUGCUUAUGGAGAAGUUCAGCUUGCUGUGAAUAGACGAACAGAAGAAGCAGUUGCAGUGAAGAUUGUGGACAUGAAGCGCGCCAUAGAUUGUCCAGAAAACAUUAAGAAAGAGAUAUGCAUCAAUAAAAUGUUAAACCACGAGAACAUAGUGAAAUUCUAUGGUCAUCGGCGAGAAGGAAAUAUUCAGUAUCUGUUUCUGGAGUACUGCAGUGGGGGAGAGCUCUUUGACCGAAUAGAGCCUGAUGUAGGUAUGCCUGAACAAGAUGCUCAGAAGUUCUUCCAUCAGCUUAUGGCAGGGGUGGUGUAUCUUCAUGGUAUUGGAAUAACCCACAGGGAUAUUAAACCAGAAAAUCUUUUACUUGAUGAAAGAGAUAACCUCAAAAUCUCAGACUUUGGGUUAGCAACAGUAUUUCGGCAUAAUAAUCGUGAGCGUUUAUUGAAUAAGAUGUGUGGCACUCUGCCCUAUGUUGCCCCAGAACUGCUUAAGAGAAAAGAAUUCCAUGCAGAACCAGUUGAUGUUUGGUCAUGUGGAAUAGUACUUACAGCAAUGCUGGCUGGAGAAUUGCCAUGGGACCAACCCAGUGACAGUUGCCAGGAGUAUUGUGACUGGAAAGAAAAAAAAACAUACCUCACACCUUGGAAGAAAAUUGAUUCUGCCCCAUUAGCCUUGCUGCAUAAAAUUCUAAUCGAGAAUCCAGGAUCAAGAAUUACAAUAGCAGAUAUUAAAAAAGACAGAUGGUACACUAAGGUACUUAAGAAAGGUGCAAAGAGGCCUCGAGCUUCUUCAGGAGGAGUAUCAGACUCCCCAGGUGGAUUUUCUAAGCACAUACAAUCAAAUUUAGACUUCUCACCAGUUAAUAGUGCUCACAGUGAAGAAAAAGUGAAGUACUCCAGCUCUCAACCAGAGCCUCGAACUGGUCUUUCUUUGUGGGACACUAGUCCUUCUUAUAUCGACAAACUGGUACAAGGGAUCAGUUUCUCCCAACCUGCAUGUCCUGACCACAUGCUUUUGAACAGUCAGUUACUUGGCACCCCAGGUUCUUCACAGAAUCCUUGGCAGCGUUUAGUUAAGAGGAUGACACGGUUCUUUACCAAAUUGGAUGCUGACAAGUCCUAUCAUUGUCUGAAGGAAACUUGUGAGAAAUUAGGCUAUCAUUGGAAGAAGAGUUGUAUGAAUCAGGUCACAGUAUCAACCACAGAUAGAAGAAACAAUAAACUGAUUUUCAAAGUGAACUUGGUAGAAAUGGAUGAGAAGAUCUUAGUGGACUUCCGGCUAUCUAAGGGUGAUGGGCUGGAGUUCAAGAGGCACUUUCUGAAGAUUAAAGGGAAGCUUAGUGAUGUGGUGAGCAGCCAGAAGGUAUGGCUUCCUGCCACAUGAUCCAUACAUCCUGGGUAGGCCCAGUGAAUACAGUGCUGCUAUGUUGACACUAUUCUUCCUAGAGAAGCUGACAUUGCUUUACAGACCUCAAAUACAGACCGCAACAGUUCCUGAGGAGUUGUCUAUUCCUUUUCCCAACCAAGUUUUUCUAAUACUUUGUUUAAAAAUUUUUUUUGCAUAGAAGCAUAUCAAAACACAUUUUUUCAAAAUAUCAGAGAGUGAGCAUGUAUAUUUAAUUUGUAUGGAAAAUUUUGGGAAGGGAUUGGGCAGAAGUUGUUCAGGAAAACAGUUUGUUGAAUUUGAGAUUCACUAUAUACAAACCAAGUUUUGAGUAUAAAUAAGUUCAUUUGUCAUACUAGUAUGUGCUUGGUAUUUGGUUUAGUCAGAAAAUUUGAGAUUUUUCUGGAUGCUGCAAUUCCUGAAUGUAUUAAUAAGAACUCUAUUCCUGUGGUUGGGGCAAUAAAUUCACCAGUAUGUAAAGUAAAGCAAAUCUUGUUUUGUGAAAUGUAUUCACAUUUUUACACUUAAAUUUUCAAAAGUGCCUCUCUGAAUAUAUAAAUCUGUUUGUCUGUUUUAACCUCAUUAUGCUGCCAAUUAAAAUGUUCUGGUUGGGACUAUCUGGUAAAGUUUAAUAACAUAGGACUUGUGUUUUUCAGCAAUAUAAAUUAUAAUUUUGGAGCUAUUGGUUGAUGUUUUCAGGUAAAGGUUGAGCAUAAGCCUCUAGUCUAGUGCAGUUUUCACCUUCAUUUUGCUCUUGCACAUCCUAAAUAUUCUGGGUUAGUUUAUAACAUAUUUUUAUCUAUCACUAUAAUUAUAAAAUAUCUUCAGAAAGCCAAAUUUUCUGGUACUCCAAAGAACACAGUGUUGACCAAGCCUUGUAGGUGGGAAGGAUUAAAACUAGGAGAGCUAGGGAUGGAACUUUGAUAAAAAUGAACUUUUAUUACAACUCUGACUUUUAUGGAUUUUUUACCAUAACACAAUUUUUUUGAAUUUGCUCUCUCUCUAUUUGGAAAAAAAAGUCUAUAUGCAGUUAUUAUUGUUUAUUUCUGACCAAUCAGCCAAUUGUGAAUAAAAUACUAGAAGUAACUUGU